AUGGGCCAGUGUCUCUGCUGCACCACGGUGGAUCAGUCAGGAGUGGCUGUACUAGAGACAUGUGGGAAGUUCAGCGGCACGGCUGGUCCCGGAUGCCACUGUAUACUGCCAUGGACAUACAAGGCAGCAUCAAUCUCAUUGCGACUGUAUGAACACCGAAUCACAAUACACUCUAAAACAAAAGACAACGUGUUUGUGCGGCUACAGCUCACAGUGCAGGUGCAGGCGAUCCCAGACAGUGUGGAGGCGGCCUUCUACAGCGUAGAGAAUCCGCUGCAGAUCAUCACAAGUUAUGUGGAGAACUCCGUUGAGGCGAAGAUCCCGCUCUACAACCUUGAUGCCCUAUUUAUUGAACGUGGUACCAUCUCGCAGCAGCUGAAGAAUGAGACGGACUCUGUGAUGCAGAGUUACGGUUGGGACAUCGUCUCUGCGCUCAUCACAGAGAUAGACCCUGGCCAGAGCAUCACGGAGUCCAUUAACAGUAUUCAGAAGUACCAGCGACUGCGGGUUGCCGUCGUGGAUGAGGCAGAGACAGACAAAAUGCGACGCGUGCGGGCGGCGGAGGCGUUGUGUGAGUCACGCCGGCUUGCGGGUGAGGGGCUUGCGGAGCAGCGAAAGGCAAUCGUUGCUGGACUGCGUAAGUCUGUGGAGUUAAUGCAGCAGAAUGUACAAGGGCUCAACCACGAUGAUGUGCUGAAUCUGCUGCUGAUGAAUCAGUACUAUGACACCUUGAAGAGUUUGGCGGAGGGCAGCAGGAGCAAUCUACUCUUUAUUGAUGGAGCGGGUGGACUGGACUCCCUCGCAAGGGAGCUGCGCACAGGCUUAACAGGCAGCAUGAAGUGA